AUGAAACUCAUAUUUAAACUUUGUCUGUUAAUAUUGAAUUUCAAUUGUAUUCUCGCCAAGAGAACUCUAGUCGCUAAUUCAUUGGUCACCUGUAAAGAAGAUUCUGCUUUAAGUGCAAACUCUUUUGAUGUUGUCUUCAAUCCAGAUGAUAAUUCUUUACAUUAUACUUUAGAUUUAGUUACACAAUUAUCAGGUAAUCUGCAUGCUACUGUUGAUGUUUAUGCAUAUGGUUUUAAAAUUAUCACUGAAGAUAUUGAUUUUUGUAAUCUAGAAUGGAAACAAUUUUGUCCAAUUUACCCAGGUGAUGUCCAAAUUGAAUCUAUUGAAUAUAUCUCAACAGAAUAUACCGAUCAAAUUCCAGGUAUCGCAUACCAAGUCCCAGAUAUUGACGCAUACGCAAGAUUGAACAUCUAUAACAAUGAAUCAGACUAUCUGGCAUGUUUGGAAAUUUUCUUCACUAAUGGUAAGACUGUUUCUCAAACCGGUGUUAAAUGGGCUUCUGCUGUGGUUGCUGGUAUCGGGUUACUAUUAUCGGCCGUUUUAUCGACUUUCGGUAAAUCUACUGCUGCAUCCCAUAUCUCUGCUAAUACAAUGUCCCUUUUCUUAUAUUUCCAAAGUGUCGUCAUUGUUUCAAUGCAACAUGUUCAUAGAGUCCCACCUAUUGCAGAAGCUUGGGCUGAAAAUUUAGCUUGGUCAAUGGGUUUAAUUAGAGUCUCGUUCAUGCAGAAAAUCUUCCGUUGGUACGUAGAAUCAACUGGUGGUAAUCCAACUUUAUAUCUGACUUCCACCACAAUCUCAGUAUUAACACAAAGAUCACUAGAUUAUUUAAAGAAAAGAGCUUCAAAUAUCUUAUACGGUAACACAAACACAUUGAUUUUUAGAGGUAUUAAAAGAUUAGCCUUCAAUAUUAACAUUGAGAACACAUCUGUGGUAUGCACUGGUUUCACCUUUUUUGUAUUAUGUGGUUAUGUUUUAGCAGGAUUCAUCAUGUGUUGUAAAUAUUGUAUCGAAUUAUCUUUCAGAUUAGGUUGGAUUAAAGAUCAAAAUAGAUUCUACACUUUCAGAAAUGCUUGGAGAAUUAUAUUAAAAGGUUCACUAUUAAGAUACGUUUUUAUUGGGUUUUCGCAAUUAACUUUAUUAAGUUUCUGGGAAUUCACUGAAGUAGAUUCAGGUGCUGUCGUUACUAUCGCUUGUUUAUUCGUUGUUUUAUCAAUCGGAUUAAUGGCCUGGUCAGCAUUUAGAACUCAUUAUUUCGCCCAAAAAUCCAUUAAACAAUACAAUAAUCCAGCCGCUCUGUUAUACGGUGAUGAUCAAAUAUUAAGUAAAUAUGGUUUCUUCUAUACCAUGUUUAAUGCUAAACAUUAUUGGUGGAACACAGUCAUUAUUUGUCAUUCAUUGAUUAGAUCUUUGUUUGUAGGUUUUUCUCAAGCUUCGGGUAAAACUCAAGCUUUAGCAAUUUGGUUAUGUGAUUUAUUCUAUGUCGUUGCAGUCAUUCGUUAUCAACCAUAUUUGGAUCGUCCGACAAAUAUCAUCAACAUAUUUAUUAGCGUGAUCACUGUCUUGAAUUCAUUCUUCUUUUUAUUCUUUUCAGAUUUGUUUGGCCAACCUUACACUGUUUCAGCUAUAAUGGGUUGGAUUUUCUUCAUUAUGAACGCCGCUUUCUCCUUUAUUUUGUUGAUGAUGAUUUUGACAUUCACUGCCAUGAUUGUAUUCUCAAAGAACCCAGAUCUAAGAUUUAAACCAGCUAAUGAUGAUAGAAACUCGUUCCAAAGAAACUUCAAUUCUCAAACCGGUGCCGCUGCUAAUGAAUUAUUAGCUUUAGGUGAUCUUGUCAAGGAUCACACAGAGCUUUUCGAUAGAGACAUACAAGAUCAAAAGGAUAGUAAUAAAUCAUCCUCCCUAGAUGAAUAUGAUUUAGAUGAAAAAAAAGUUAUAACUAAUGACAGUACCAGUUUGAAUGAUAAAUCAUUCUCUGGUAAAGUUCUACGUAACUUAACAUUUAAAGGAUUACUUGGUAAGAAAUCUAAAAGACCAGACAAUAGAACAAGUAAUUCAAACAAUAAUCUUCCUAUAACGAGCUUGUCUGGUGAUGAAAUGUCAAAAGGUGCUGAAUCUCCACAAGAACAUAGUUUUUUCAAUGAAAACAAAAAAAAUUAUCCAGGCCACAUAAGACAGGAAUCUGAAUCUAAUAAUGGUUUAAUCACAUCUUAUGAUGAUGAAAACGGUGGAAGAUUAAGCAAUCCAUUCCAUUUAUCUCAACCAAAUAUCUUUGAAACCAGAUCAGAAUCAAAGUCCUCAUCGAUUGCAAAUUUGGAGAGGGACUCGAGUUACGACUCAUUAGGAGGUCCACAGGAUGCUACCAGAAAUGCUAAUAUCAUAUAA